UUUUGGCAGUAAGGAGUCAAAAUUUUGCGAUGAUGGCACAUUUUUGUUUCGGAGACAACAAAAGACUGGGGAGGGCAUUACCCCAACAUAAAUUAAUGCAGAAUUUGCUGCUUAGUGAUUGCAGGAUGAAGAAACAGGCAAAAAUUACCACUGGUACGCAGACCGAUUGCAGAUUGGACAACGUGAAGAACUGCUGUUGCGGUCAAAUACAAACCCAAGAAAAACAGAAUCGGGAAAAUGGUCACCGGCAACGACGUCAGGAAAAACCGAACGACCAAAAACGAAACCAAGAUAACUGUAAUCGGAAUUUUGUCAAAAGUUCAGUGAAAAAAUUGAAUGAGGAAGUGGAAAAAAGAAAAUUAAAUCAACAGUAUCAGGAUCUGCUAGCGAGUAUUAGGGAGAGGGUUCUUUUGAAGAAGACGGAUAGUAAAGACAGUUGUUGCUGUUCCUGUUCUGACACCUGGAGCGAUAACAGCGCUGGAGACGGAGACAUCAUCUACUUUCCUAAGGAGACUCGAAACGCAAUGUCCACGUUAUUGUCGGAAGAAAGGCACCGGCGCCCCCCUAUGAAGCCCACAACUAAACCAGCAAAAUCAUGUGCAUGGCCUGGUGUAGCUGAAAGAAUGGAUCAUGACGAAGAGAAAAGAUUAAUAAAUGCUGAUGAGAUUGUUGCAAAGAUAACGUCUAAACUUUCUAAAAAUAAAUUAGAUAUAAAUUAAAA